AUGGCGAGCUCGUUUCACUUCGACGCGCAGCUCUGUAAGGAGCAUGUGCAGUUUGCUUCGUAUCUGGAAAAGUGGAAUUUCAGAAUAAUAUACUGGACCAUGUUCGCCGUGAACUUGAUUGUGCUGUUCUUUGGUUCAUGGGUAUAUUCAAAGCUGUUUAGCCGUGUCCACGGUCGUCGUCGUGAUGGAGGUGUACGCCCUUUUGGCGCUGCAAUUCUGCGUCGGCGAAGACCUCAUGUCAUUGUACUGGUCGACAUGGACCAUGCUGCAAGUCGGCUCACUGGUCGCCAUUAUCGGGGUCAUCUUGGCCCUGUGCCAUCACCAGAGAAAUCGCAAGCACCCGUAAGCCCCAUCGACUUCACCCACCGCUUGUUGCCCACUGUCGGCAACCCACUUUCCCACCGUGCUGACUUGGAACCAGACCCUGGGCACUGGCACUGGGAACGCCGACAAGUUCAAAAACUGCCGGGACUAGCCGGCAAUUCAUCAGACGAGGAGCAGGGACCACGGAUCAGUCAAGCGAAUACCAUUGCAAACCCGGGCCACGAAGAGAAAUGCGAGGAUGUCCAUGCCGAGUUCAUUGGCUUUACUGUCCAAGGUGGCCCUGUUGUCAGAUUCACACAGCCCGUGGCGGAGAUGCGGCAAGGGGAAUUCUUGGGCCGCGAUGACGACGGAGGGUCGACUUUUGCUUUCCCACGAGGAAGCAUUCGGUUUGAGACGGGGCCAAGCAACAUGACGGCGAGCCAUUAG